GCCACAGAUGAUGCGCAGGCAUCCAGUCACCGUGAGGACCCCGAGAUACGUGAGGAGACCGAUAGCAGCCGUAUACAAAAGACCUUCCGCCCUUUGCUUACCUUUGGCAUGCCAACCGGAUCCAGCCUCGUAUAGAAGAUACAAACAUACAGUUUACACGCAUCAACCGCAACAGCAGCCGCAACUGCAGCAACUGGAAGCGCAGAAGAUCGUCAGGAGGCACAGUUUACCGACGUCGGUGUCGACGACGACGGCACCUCAUCCGCCGUCGCAGUCUCCUCCUUUUACGGCGAAGGCUGCGAAAAAAUCCGAGUCGAAAAAGUCGAUCGAUAUGACCAAGUCCCGUCUGGACGCGAUCCUCGAACGCUACGAAAAGAUCUUUGGCAAGAACAACAACAAUAACGCAAAUGACGGCAGCGGCAGAACGGAGGAUGCGAAUGCUGCCGAUCAGCAAUUACUGAAGCAUCUGAAACCUCGGCUGCCGCCCAGCCUCAAGGAGAAGUCGAUCAGACGAUCGAGCGAAUCAGUACAAAGCAUCACCAGGCAACAGAUCCCCGAAAUCAUGAAGACGGCCGAAACGUUCGAGGUGGAGGAGAUAUCGUCGGACGUGCUCGACGAACUUCUCUCCGAGCUUACCGAGAACGGUCUGAACGACGUUAUCAACGACGACGACAAACGUCGAGUCAGACAGCAUCAGAGUCAGCAUCAGACGACGAAGGGCAGGCGGAUCGGCUCGGUCACUUCGAUGGUGCGCAACAAAAUCUCGCAGACCGAAUUGAUGCCCGAAAAGGAUGCUCCGAAGAGCUUCAACUAUCAGGAGAUCAAGGAGAGCAUCAGCAAAUGCUACACGUCCGAAAGCGAGGACGGAGGAAGCAGACGAACGACGACGGCUGCCGCCAUCAAACCGAUAGCACUGAAGGAGAUGGGCGAUGCGAAGAAUAGACGAAACGCCGCCGCGAUGAUGAUGAUGGCCAACGAAGACGUCCUCGAACUUCAUCGCACGAAGAGUUACGUGGUGAACCUUAUCGAUACGGCGCUGAGCAGCCAUUUCGGCACGAACAUUUCCGAAAAGAAUCCCAAUAAAAAUAUGGAUCCGAGGAAUGCCGUGGAGAUGCUGAAGAAGCAGUCGAGCGGUCGCAUGGACAAGGAUCUCUGCCUGGAGAUUGCACAAGCGCUGACCGAUUCUUUCGCCGCCCCCGGCAAUUCUACGUCCGCAAGUACCACCACAUCAGCAGCGACGGCAGUGGCGGCAGCGGUAUCGUCAUCAUCAGCAUCGGCCGUCGAAAAUAAGGGAUCGCAAUGUUCGUGCAAAUCGCAACUAGAUGAGCCGACUUUCGUGAAGCAGCUGAAGCAGAUGCGCUGGGGUCACCUGAAGCACAUCCAGCGCGAGGUGAGACGGCUGGAGGAACUCGAACGUUUCUUGGACUCGUGCAGUGUCGCCCCCUUGGAAAAGUAUCACGGAUGAUAUACAUAUAUGAUAUAUAUAUAUAUACA